AUGUUAGUAGAUAAAAAUAAUAAUGCAUCAACAUUAAAAAGAAAGACCCCAGAAAAUGAUUUUGUUAUGACAAUUGAUUUUGAUGAUGGGGAUUAUCAAGAUGAAGACGAAAGCGAUAAUGAUGAUGGCGAAUUGGAUUUAAAAGAAGAUUUUGUUUUUGAAGAAUCAGAAAAACCACAAUUACCAUGGGAUUUCCAACCAACAAUUGAUAAAAUGAAACAACAAACCCAUAGAAAAUCAGAAGGUCAAACAUCAUUACAAGAAAAAAUUGAACAAAGAAAAAGAUUAAGGACAGAUGAAUCAAAUAAAGUUAACCCAAAUAAAAAGGUUGAAGAAGAAGAAGAGGAAGAAGAAGAAGAAGAAGUAGAGGAAGUAGAAGAAGAAGAAGAAGAACAAGAAGAGGAAGAAGGAAAUAAUAGUGAUGAAAGUGGUGAAGAUGAGGUAGAAGAAAUUAAACCAGUUAACAAUAAACCAGUACAAAACGAUAAAAUUAAAUUAUUACAAUCCAAUAAAAAAAUGAAAAAGAUUGUUGAAGAAGAAUUACCAACAUUCGAAGAAUUACAUUUAUCAAGACCAUUAUUAAAAGCAGUUCAAAAACUUGGAUUUUCACAACCAACACCUAUUCAAGCUAAAACUAUUCCAUUAGCAUUAAACGGUAAGGAUAUUUUAGCUAGUGCAAGUACAGGUUCAGGUAAAACUGCAGCAUUUCUUUUACCAAUUCUCGAACGUUUAUUAUUUAGAGACAGUGAAUAUCGUGCAAUUAGAGUUUUAGUACUUUUACCAACUCGUGAGUUGGCACUACAAUGUCAAUCGGUUUUAGAGAAUCUUGCACAAUUUUCAAAUAUUACAUCAUGUUUAAUUGUUGGUGGUCUUUCAAAUAAAGCACAAGAAGUCGAAUUAAGAAAAAGACCAGAUGUAGUCAUUGCAACCCCAGGUCGUCUUAUUGACCAUCUCUUAAAUGCACACGGUAUUGGUUUAGAAGAUUUAGAAAUUUUAAUUCUUGAUGAAGCAGAUCGUUUAUUAGAUAUGGGUUUCAAAGAUGAAAUCAAUAAAAUUGUAGAUUCAUGCCCAACAUCUCGUCAAACCAUGUUAUUUUCAGCUACACUCAAUGACGAAGUUAAAACUUUAGCUAAACUUUCACUUCAACAACCAAUUCGUGUUCAAGUCGAUGCACUCUUCCAAGUCGCCUCAACAUUAGAUCAAGAAUUUGUUAAAAUUAAAUCACAACAUCUCAGCGAUCGUCCAGCUAUUCUUAUGUCAUUAUGCACUCGUGUAUUCAACACAGGUGGCACCAUUAUUUUCUGUCGUAGUAAAAAAGAAGUUCAUCGUCUCUGUAUUAUUUUCGGUCUUAGCGAUCUUAAAGCUGCUGAACUUCACGGUAAUCUUUCACAAGAGCAACGUUUCGAUUCACUUCAACAAUUUAGAGAUGGUAAAGUAAAUUAUUUAUUAGCAUCAGAUGUCGCAUCUAGAGGUCUCGAUAUUAUUGGUGUUAAAACCGUUAUCAAUUAUAAUAUGCCAAAUACAUUAGCUCAAUAUAUUCACAGAGUAGGUCGUACUGCUCGUGCCGGUAUGGAAGGUAAAUCAUGCUCAUUCAUCACCGAAAAUGACCGUAAAAUAUUAAAAGAAAUUGUAACCAAAGCUAGAAAUAAGGCAAAAUCAAGAUCAGUAUCACAAGAUAAUGUAAACUUUUGGAGAAAUAGAAUUGAAGAGUUGACUGAAGAUAUUAGAGAAAUCGUUAGAGAUGAAUUAAAAGAAGCUGAUUUAAGAAAAGCUGAAAAGGCUUUAGAUAAGGCUGAAAAAGUUAUUAGCAAACCAUUUGAAGAAAAUACUGAAACUGAAAGAGUUUGGUAUAAGACUAAAUCCGAAGAAGAAAAAUCAAAAGAAUUAUGGAAACUCGAAAAUGGUAUUGGUCUUAAACCACUUAAAUCUAAUGCUAUCGAUACCACUGGUGCUUCAAAUGUCCCAUCAAUUAAAAAAUUAAAACAAAAGAAAGAUCCAUAUUAUGGUUUAUCAAGAAAACAAAGAAGACAAAAACAAUUCAAAGAAGAAUAUGAAAAUGAAUUAAAAGAAGAAAGAGCUAAAAAGAAAGCCGAAAGUGGUGCUGAUUCUGAUGAUGAUGAAGAAGAUAAUACUGAUUAUGGUGAAUUAUUCAAUAAAGAUCAAAAUAAACAAAAAUCGUCUGGUAAAAACACUAAACGUAUCGAACAAUUAAGAAGAGUCGGUUUAUCAUCACAAAAGACUGAUCAAGAACAACAAAGAAUUGAUAAUAAGAGAGCUAAAAAGAAUAAGAGAAUGUUAAUUAACAAAAAAGAAAAGAAACAAAGAUUAACAAAAAAAAAAUAA